AGUCCCAUAUCCAAAACAUUUGAAACAACAAUCAAAUUCGUCAAAUGGCCGGUCUCGGAGCGAAGACGUUAAUGUUCGUUCUGGUGGCCACGUUAGCGACAUUUGUGAAGGCAGACUUCAAGAAGAAUAUGAUCGUUACAUGGGGUAAAGAUCAUAUUGGUAUGACUGGUGACAACCUUCGCCUUGUCCUAGACAAAUCUGCAGGAUCUGCUAUUCGAUCAAAGGUGGCUCAUAUGUUUGGAAGCGUAGAAAUGCUUAUCAAACUUGUGCCAGGGAAUUCUGCUGGAACCGUUGCAGCUUAUUACUUAUCAUCUACGGGAAGUGCACACGAUGAGAUAGACUUCGAGUUCCUAGGGAAUGCGACUGGUCAGCCUUACACAAUCCACACCAACAUAUUUGCUCAAGGGAAAGGAAANCCGGCUUUGACCCAAAACAAUAUGCUACAUGAUUGUAAUUCUGAUUUUAAUUCUGUUUGA